AAAUUCCCCAGAUCUCAAUCCGACUGAGCAUCUGUGUGAUGUGCUGGACCAACAAGUUCAAUCCACGGCGGCUCCACCUCACAACUCACAGGAUUUGAAUGAUCUGCUGCUAAUGUCUUGGUGCUAGAUACCACAACACACCUUCAGAGGUAAUGUAGAGUCAAUGUUGGGAAGUUGUGUGGAAUGUGUGUCAUCUGUCAAGUCCAACCAGUUAAUGCGUACAGUAAGUUUUGGUAUAACACACAUAUUUCCAGUAAUAAAACGAGUGCUGUUUCUGACAGUAUAAAGUGUUCAUGAUAUCUCUGUGAAGAUGGACAACUUGAGUGAAUCAUCCAGACAACCAGAGGAAGAUCAGAAACGUUCAGAAGGACUCCUCCUCCUCAGGAGCAGCAAACGUGAACCUCCAAACAUGUCUGUGAAAAGAAUCGUGUUACUGGGAUCACACAGAGAUGUCAAAGCCUCCUGUGGGAAUAUAAUCCUGGGGCGUAAGGUGUUCUCAGAGACACCGGCCUCACUGCAGUUGUUUGAGAGUCAUGAAGGUUUGAUGUUGAAGAGAAAUCUGAUGGUCAUCAACACUCCUGACCUGCUCAAUUCUGCUCUCUCUCCUAAAGAGCAAGAUAUGAGGACAUUUUUCCACUUGGCUUGUCCUGGACCUCAUGCCCUUCUGUUAGUCCUUAAGCCUGGCACACUUUCCAAGCAGGAGAGAGAUGCCCUCAAAAUCAUUAACAGUAUUUUUGGUGCAGGAGCGUCCGAGUAUGUGAUUAUCGUCUUCAUACAUAAUGAUCAGACAGAGUAUGUGAGCAUUAAAGACUCUGAAGCAGUGGAGUCUCUGCUACAGACCUGCAAACGACCCCACCAUGAUCUGAAAAGGAAAGGAGACCAAUCACAGGUGCAGAAACUUCUGGAGAACAUCGAGAAGAUGCUGGAGGACAAUGGAGGACAUCACCUGAGUUUUCCUGAAGAAUCAAGUCCUGCUGGGGGAAAAGACUCAGUUGACCAGAAAACAAACAAGCUGUUUCAGGGUGCAGGUUCCAGUUUUCGUAGACGGGCGUGUAGCAUGAAUCCACAACAAAACCCUGCUAUAUCAAGGUUUCGGAAAAAAACAGAAAAACCCAGACCGCUUGUGCGAUCAAGUUCCAUAGCAAGCACUAAUAAGGGCUUGGAGUGUGUGAGGAUCGUGUUGAUUGGAAAAACUGGAGUGGGAAAGAGCGCAACAGGAAACACCAUCCUGGGACGUGACGUGUUUGAGUCUCGGGCCAGAAUGACUUCUGUGACAAGGAAAUGCCAAAGAGAGAGUGGAGUGGUCUGUAGACGACCAGUGACUGUGGUGGACACACCAGGACUCUUCGACACAAACCUCACCAAUGAUGAAAUCCAGCAGGAGAUCAUGAGAUGUGUUGAGCUCUCUGCUUCUGGACCGCAUGUGUUUCUGCUGGUGAUUGCUGUCGGCCCAUUCACACAAGAAGAGAGAAAAACUCUUGAACUCAUCAAGAUGACCUUCGGACAGAAAGCUCAGACAUACACUAUAGUGGCAUUCACACGAGGAGACAACCUAGGAGAUGAAGGUAUCAAGGACUAUAUUCAGGAAGGUGAUUCACAUGUCCAGAAACUGAUCCAUGACUGUGGAGGAAGAUAUCACGUGUUUAACAAUAAAGAGAAGAACACUGCUCAGGUCGUAAGUCUAUUAAAGAAGAUUGAUUUGAUGAUGUGGAAUAAUGAUGCCUCUUUCUAUGAUGACGAAAUGUUCCGGGAGGCAGAGAGAGCUAUCAGACUAGCUCAGCUAAACAAGGAGAGAGAGGAGGACUUCAGACAAGAGAUUGAGGCCCUUAAGGCCAAAUAUGAGUGUGAAAUUAAAGAAUAUAAAGAAAAACUAGAGGAGGAAAAAGCAAAACUGAAAAUUAGAGAUCUUCUACUCACGGAGACAGAAAACACACUGUUGAAAAAACAUCAAAUAACGGAGGGCGGAGCCACAGCAGAUACUGAACAAACACAAGCACAAAAUAAAUCCCAGGAGAACCCUUUUUCAGGAAAACCAGGUCUAGGUAGAAAGAGAAUAGAAACAGUACAAGGAGCAACAGAAAAAGAAGCUCAUCUAGAAAAUAAGAAGCACAUUAAAAAAUGGGGUCUUGGAAAAUGGAGAAAAAGUAAACAGUGGGGAAAAAAUGAGAUGAUUAAAGAAAGCAACGAAGAAGAAAUAGUCACAGAUCAACAGAUCAGCAAAGACACAGACACUCUCAACCAAGAAAAAACCCUGAUGAAACCAGGAGACCAGACUGACCCAAAGAAAGAUGAAGAAAAUAUACAUUUGCCAAGAAAAACUGAAGAUGAAAGGAACACAAAGAAAGAAAAACUUUUGCUUCAGCAGAUUGAUGAAUGCAGGCAGAAGCUGGAAGAGGCCAUGAGAAAUUACAGAGAGAUCUCAGAGAUGAAUGUGGCAGAACUCAAGAAAAUUCAAGAAAGAAAUGCUGAAAAUAUUGGCCGCUGGGAGAAGAAACAUGGGAUGUCCUGUGUGCUUCAAUAACAGUCACACCUGUCCUAGAUUAAUCAUUCAGUUUUAAUUGAUACAUUAAAGAGAUGAGUGGGAAUAUCUGGGAAUAUCUUUAGACUGGUUUGUUUCCUACUUGUUGAAUAGGAGAUUUCUAGUGUCUGUUGGAGAUGAGAUGUCCUCCUCUUCAAAAAAUAAAUUGUGGUGUUCAGCAAGGAUCCCUGUUAGGGCCAGUUUUGUUUUCACUAUACAUGUUACCUUUUGGUUCUGUGAUUCGAAAAUACAUUUUCAUUGCUAUGCAGAUGACCUACAGUUAUAUUUGUCGUUGUAUCCCAAUGAUCUGUCUAGUUUAAAUGUUCUUCAAGAGUGUAUAGCAGAUAUAAAAAAUUGGAUGCCAUGUAAUUUUCUCCAGUUACAUUUUUAUAAA